UCUUUCCGCGGUCUGUUGUCCCGUGUCCGGUACCGCCGCCGUUCCCAGUGCGCUGUUGGCGUUGUCGCGCGCACCGAGUUUUUUAUGAUCGCCUCAACGUCACGGUGUUUAUUUUAUUGCAUCUUUUUUUUCUAUCGUUGAUCGGUACUGCUGUGACCGUUUUCGUUAAAACGGCGACAUGAUCAUCCAAAAACCCUGUGUGCGGUCCGGGUUGGUAUACGCCAUAUUAAUAGACCUAACCUUAUCUUUGGUCACCAUUCGCUUUGUUGGCACCCUGCUGCUCUGCCGUUCGAAGCUGAUCAGUCAAUGCUGUGGAAGUCCAUCGUCUCAUUAUAUGAACAAGAGCGACCGCCCGUCGAGAAAUGCUGCGCGUUUAUUAGAAUUCGGACCAUCCGAGCGAAAAUUCAAAAGGACACCACUGUAUAUUUCACCUUUGAUAUUAAACGAUCUUCUUGUACAUGUAAUAAUUUUAAAACGGUUACCUAUUGAACAUUGA